GUGCACAGUUAGGUGGGGGAACGACGUAGGGGGUGAAAAGCGCUUUAAUAGGCGCCCGUUGUCCCCUGGACACCUCCUAACUUAAGCGCCCCGGUAGGCGCCCCUGGCUUGAAGUUCAGAGAGGAAGCAGGCGCCUGAGUCGUAGCGCCCUGCUUCCAGGAUGAAGAUUCAGGGAAGUCGCUGUUUCGCUUCAGAAUAUUUUUGGGAGCACCGAGGAUGGUUUGCCCCGUAUUUUGCCCCACUUAAUUUAAUAAUUCUCGCGCAAUACAAGUAAGAAAUUUAUAAUUUCGUUAAAUAGUUAUAUUAAACAGAAUUUUACGACAAGAAAACUUUAUUUUAAAUAAAGUAAAGUGAGCUUACACUUGACAAAUUAUAAGAGUGAAUUUACAGCGUUCGUAGAUAAAAGAGAUGUUACUUACGCACUGGUUGCUUCUUGUAUCAAGAAUUUAAUAGCGCAGUGUAGUAGACUUAUUUAUAUAAGAGCGCGAUGGCUAAUAACUAUUCCACGGAUAGCACUUCUUCUCUGCAGAGUAACGUCUAUGCCUACUGGCAGCGCGACUCGUUAUAUGAGCGAAAAUGCUGCUUCCUGAGGCUUCCUCUCGCGCUCCUUAUAUACCCCAAAACUAGGGGGUCCUAGGGGUACGCGGGUGUAGGGAAGCUCAAAUCCAUGGAAAAUUCCGCGACAAAUAGCUAUUAUUUUUGAAAUUUCAUAGUUUCUAAUUUUUAUUCGGAUCAUUAUAAACUUCGGUCAAGAGGUAGCUAGGGUGGUUAGCGUUCGAAUGCUUCCUUCGCCUUCCUCCUAUCACCUCUGUGAGCGGAGUAAUUAAACCGCAUACCUUCGUAAUUACUUUACUCAUGCUAUCUCACUCAUACUUCCCGAUUGGAAUAAUGCUCGAGCCAUUGCUAUCCCACUUGGUACACGCGCUCCGCGGCUGGACCGAUUCUUCGGCAGCGCGAGGGUGUCACGCGUGAACCGCAUGGUUGAAAAAUAUUCACAUUAUUCCAGGUUGUUAAUAAUGUGAAAGAGUUAUAGCAUGACUGCGACGGAUUGCAGUAAUAUUAAUUAACAAGGGAGUUGAGGGGUGGCGGUUGCACCCUGUCGUUAAUAGCAAAUAGAAAGGUGACAAAAGAAUAUUACUCUUUUAACGAAAUUUUUAACUAUACGCGGCAUGAUUUGAUGGAUUUGAGCUUUGACAAUUGGAGUAAUAAUCACACACGCAAUAAUAAUAAAAUUUAAUAAAGAGUAUAAGCGUAGGGUGUACGCGCUGAUACCCCGCGCGUCUGAUUUCGUGGGGAGGGGAGCGCUCGGUGAGACGGGUGCUCCGGCGGAGCACGCGAGAGCGCGGUGCGCGACGUGAGAUGAAAUAGGUGGAAAAUUUCAUCGAACGUAACACAGAGUAUCACACUUAACAUCACAGAUCACUAUAAAUAAACAGUCUAUUGCUAUAUCACAACUGAAGAAAUAUGUUAAAGAUUAUGUGCCCUAGCGUUAUGUACGUUUUGUAGUUCCAAUCACUUAUCAUUCAUAUACUUAAAGAAUUAUUAAUAAUUAAAGACAAAUAAAAAAAGUUUUAGUAAAUCAAACUGAGUCUCACUUAUACAUACAAGCUUUCCAAUUGUGAUUCUGAAUAGGAUUAGAUCCAUAUAAUUAUAAUAAGAGAGAUCAUUUUUAUAGUGUUAUUAUUAUUUUUUUACGUUCUUAAUACUACUUGAAUCUUAGUUACCGCGCAGGUAACUAAGUAACAAAAUAUAAAUAUCAAAUAUUUAAAAUAUUAUGCAAUAAUAUAAUAAAAAAUCUUGAAGAUUUGUACAAAUCAGCUGCUAUGCAACAUUUUUUUUAACACUCAAUUACAAUUUUCAAGAAAGGCAUUAUUGAAACUUCAUUGAAAGGUCAUAUUAUGAAAUAAAUUUUAUCUAAAUACAAAUUGUUUAAAGUAAAAUAAACAAGAAUAAUACCUAGUUUUAAACAUUUGUAUAAAUCUUCAAGAUUAUACGUAACAAGUUCUUAAUUAAUCAGUUAUAAAUUUGUUUAACUAAAUUUCUAUUAGACGUGAGCAUAUUGAAAUCGAUAAUUAUUUUACAUCAAAUAAACAAAUAUAUUAUUCGAGAAUUAAGCAUAUUUCCAUGGAGAAAUAAAAAUUUUAAUAAGAUGUAAAACUAGUUUCAAACUUUCAGUCUUGAACGUUGAAGUAAAACGUUUAAAAAUAAACAAAAAUUAGAUAAAGGAAGAAAAUUUUAACACAGAAAAUUAUAAAGAAAAUAAUUAUAUACUUCUACAAAAAACGUAGAUCUCAUAACUCUGCUCAAUAAUACUUCCAAUUUUUAUUGCAAAUAAAAGAAAUGUGAAUAGGAAUUAAGCUGAAACUUAGAAUAAAAAAGGAAAAACGACCUGCCAUAUCCCUCUGUGCUAAAAUUAUACUCUUUAUAAUUCGUCAUCCUGAAGAUUUUCUUCUGAAGAUUUUGAUUCCUGUCUCGUUAACUGAAGCUUUUUGUUAUCUUUCGUUAAGAGUUAUUUUUUUUGCAAUAGCUUCUGGCUUUUCCUUUUUCCACUGUUAGAUCCUUCUUCUUGCUUUCGCCAAGAGGCAUUCCGCAACCAUGACAUUACAGAGUUUAGCAUCUGAAAGGUCACUUUCAGGAAAUCGUAUUUGUAUCACACCUGAAAAAAUAUAAUUAUACUUCCCGUUAUUAAAUAUUAACGUAAUUUACCGACUGUAUUUAUUUAGUUAACCGUAACAGAAUUUAUAAAGAAAAUUAUAAAAUUGAUACAGGGACAUAAAAGAACAUACAUUAGAUUAAUAUUAAAGUGGAAGAGCAGGGAGAUCUGACAGACAAACAAUUCUCUUUUCACCUGGAACGAGUGACCGAUUGAGUCGCAUCUGAUUCAUAAUCGUGACAUCAACUUUACUACUUAAUUCUUCCACUCGUAUAAGUAUAGUCUUGCAUAAAGAUUUUAUUUCUUUAAUACAAUUAAUAUCUGAAAUAUAAUAAUUAUGUAAAAUAAUAUAAACAAAGCAGAAAAAGCUAUUAACUACAGCAUAAUUACCAAAGUAAGGAUUCUUAUUCUUAUUCUUUGUAUGUUGUGAGAUUUUCUCAGUAACUUUCUCAGUAAAUUUGUUAAACUCAUCCUGUACAACGAAGAAGACAUCGAAGGUACAAGACUUGUAUUUGGGACAAAUGUUGUGUUACUUAACUCUGAGUUUUGAGUUUUGAAAGAACUUUGUUUUUCAGAACAAGUUCUAGAACUCGACUCUGUACCAUCCUCAUCUUUAGUUUUAUUUACAUUUUCUUUUUCAUUAUUCUCUUCAGUGUUGACGUUACUAUGAUAUAGAGCUACGUUCAUCUGUUGCAAAGGUCUUUUGGUAUAUAUAUCCUUUGGUAUAUUAAGCUAAAAACCACUUGAAGUGUUUUUUCGUUUUCUAAGAGUAUUUUUGGGAUACUAUUUUUUUAGCUUCUGAAGAAAUUGUUGCCGUUCAGUUCGUUGACUUUUAAUUUUUUGUAUUCCAGAUGAAGACACUUCUGUGCUGUUUGGUUUUACAGUCACAUUGAUUUUUCUGUUAUCAUUCUGACCUGGUACACUACCAAUUUUAUUUGUAAAGGACAACAGUGGUGGUGCUAGUAUACUCUGUGAUGCUUUCUCUGAUUUGAUGAACUUUCGAAUCUUCUUGUGCUGAACCGAAUCUGAAUCGCUAUCUAACAAAAGUAGCUCUUGUUUUGUAUCUGAAUCACUAUCUUCAUCAGUAUAUAUAAUAGGUGGUCGUUUCCUUCUUUUACCGCGACCUAAUUCUUUUUCAGUCUCAUAGGAAGUUAGGCCUUCAUCCACAAAUUUCUUUAACACUUCCCUAGCUUUUUUUAUAGUUUCUAAAUCCAAAAUAAUAACAAUUAAAUAAAAAUCAUUGAUUUUGUUCAGUAAAGAAUUGCUUCGCAACAGUUAUAACAAUCUUGGCGUAUGAUAAUAGAUUCAGCAAAGAUUAAUACUCUAAUCAAAUUGACAAUUUUUGCAAUUAAUGCAAAGUAUAUAAUUUUCUGCUAAACGCAGCUAUAUUACCAUGACACACUCAUAACAUAAAUAACUUCCAUAAUUUAUUAAACUUACCAAAAUAUCUUAUCACUUCAACAGGACUUUCUGACCAAUUUGGGUCUGCAGAAGCUUCCUUUCUUAUAAGUUUUCUAGCAUCUAUGGAAGGAGGAGGCUAUUUUGUUAUGCCUACCAUGUCUUCGUUUAAAUCAGUAAUCCACUUGGCGAGGCCUACUUCAAAAGCUGUAUCAUUAUUUAAUCCUUUUUCUGUUGUUUUUAUAAAUUUAAUGACAACAAACUAGAAACAAAGAUUAAAAAAAAAUUCUGUAGAUAUAUAGCAGCAAUAGGGACUUGAUAAAACACACGCAGUACUUAAGUAAUUAGAAUAGAGGUAUUGUGUGCAACAAAGGCACACAUAAAAAUGCAUCACCAUCUGGCAUUAGCCAAUAUUUUGAUUCAACCUCUGUCAAAAUAAAAUUUCUUGUUACGUGUUCUUUCUCAGGCACACGAACAAUGCCUACAAGAUGAGUCCAGAGGAUAUGUAUAGAAGUUUUCAACAUUAAGGAACUUAUUUCCAAUCAUAAAAAUACCAUCUUCACACAUUCUGAACAAUGUUCUUUAAUACAACAAUAUCUCCACUAAUAGUUCGAAAGCACGAGUCUUUCGUUCCUAGUUGAAAAAUAAUUUCACCAACAGACACUCGUCUGAAAUGUACACCGAUCAUUACUUCAUUUAGAUCUCUGUGCUCUCGAGAAAGAGUAACAUGUUUAUUGUUAGAGGACAGACAAAUAGUUACAUGUGCAGAUCUUUUAAUGUCUCUAUAAGCUGCUUGCUGUAACGGUUUAUAUCCUGAUCGAAGAGUUGUUUUGAAAGAUUUUAAUUUAUUUUCGAACUUAAAAGCGCUAAAAUUUUCCAACUGUCCAUAUGUAGCACAUUCAGCGAUUAGAUGGCAGAGAGCAUGAACAUUAUAUACUACAAAUUUCUGUCCGUAAAUGUUGACAGAGUGGCGUAUAAAAUGUCAUACCAAUUCAUUGGCAGUUUCUAACAUUCUAACUGAACAAACCAGUACUGAACUAAAGAGAAUAUAAAGAGCAGAGUGCAAUAAGAGAAAAUGUUUGUAAAUAUUUUCAUGAAGAUGUUUUUUAAAUACUAGAAUGCCAUCAUACACACACACACACACAGAUACAGCCGUCGAAGCUCAGUAACUUUAUACAAUUUCCAUUCUGUUAAGGAUCUUGGAGGUCUGGUAAAAUCUUGUGGACAUGUUUGAGGUAAAUCAUUUUCAAGGACGGCUGAUAUUUCACGAACUGUAUUAGCUUUCAAUUGUCCAGGCCCAUUCCACAGCACCCAGGUUUUAAGUAGCCUCUUACAAACUCCUUGCCAAACCAAAUGCAUUGGAUCAAGGCGAAAUUGGGAUAUCAUACGUGCAAUUCUCAACAUAAUAGACACUCCAGUAUGAUGAAGUCGCUAACUCAAUGUUACGAAAAGACUGAUCUGUUCUCAGAGGAUCAUCAAGUAGCACAUCUCUCCAGACGGAACAUCAAAGAAAUUUUGCCGCAUGCUCCAUCCAGUACUAUAUAUCGAUGGCUCGGUAGCCACGAUGAUCAACCGUUGCGGCGAUCAGCUGUUAUAUACGGUGUCAUCCCGCGUGGAUAAUCUUCCGCGGCGCCGGUUUCCCCUCACUACGGGGUCCCCGUGUACGGUGUCGGGAUCGGUCGCUCAGUGCGCGUACUGGGAUCCGGGUAACGAGCGGAGCGGUGAUCUGCCACUCAAUAUGUGGCGCGAGGAAGCGCUCAGUGCGCGCUGGCAAGGAAGCCGGUGCGAGAUUAUGUUCGGCACUCAUUGUCAGUGCAUGCUCUGGAGACUCAGCUCAGUUCGCUGAGAGGAUCGGUCGGCUCACUUUGCUAGAUCGAGGAGAUCUGCUCUCUUAUUACCAGCGGAGGGCUUUUAUAGCCCCCGUUUGGUGACAAGAGGAGCGGAGACGUGCGGGGAGAAAGAUAAGCGGAGGGGACUACGCAAGGUAAGAGGGUAACGGCCUCGUAUCUUUAUGCCUUAAUGACGGCGGAGGAACGGCUUGUUACACAUUAUUAAUGCUAUUAUGGCAUUUAAAAGUCGUAUUUUAGUGAAGAAUAAAGUAAUAUUGAAGUGUGAUCUUAUUUGGACCGAAAUAUCCGAAAUUUUAGUUUCCAAAAUUUCACCUUCUUCGAUCGUUAUAUUCCAUAGUGUCACAGUAUAUACAGUAGCGCAACUCAGCUGAUUUAAUGUUGGCAAAAACGGAAUGCGCACGCGCGAAAUAAGGCAGUACGUACUCUCUCUUUCUUCCCUUUUUGUCUUUCCUUAUUUAACCGAUUUAGAGGUACGUUUGAAUGCUUACGACGUAUAUAGUGCUGUAGAGUAAAAUACAGUGACGUGAUAAAUUUAAUAUAAAAAGUUAUGUGAAGUGUUAAGUGAUUCGUGAAGUGUCAAUAAAAAAUAUAUUAUCAAGAGAAAAGUUAACCUGUAUAAAGUUUGUACAGGUUAACUUUUCUUUGAAACACUUUGAUCUUAGCUUUGUUUUAGAUUUUGCUACGAGAUCUCGAAGGAAUCACAAUAUAUAAAAGAUGGAGAAAAUUAUAAAAGGAAAUAAGAAAAAUCAUUGGUGUGCAGUGACAGGAUGUAUGAGGACUUAUGUGGAAAAGCGACACUUCUUUCUUUUUCCCAAAGAACAUGAUAGAUGGUUGGCAUGGGUUCAAGCGUGCAGAAGAUUUGAUUUGCUACCAAAAGGUCCAGAGUAUGUAAAUCGCAAUUGUCGCUUGUGCCAUUUACAUUUUAAUGAGAAAGAUUAUAAAAUCAAAGGACGAGCUCGCCUUCAUCCAGAUGCCGUACCAACAAAAUUUUUGGAAUUGACAGAUAAUAACAGUGCUACUUCUUCUUUAGUAUCGACGAUGGAAAACCAAGAAAAUUAUAAUAUAAGCACAAUAAUAGAUACGAAUCAUUGCAGCGCCUUAAGCAAUGAACAACAUAUUUCAACGGACAAUAUACAAGAAAAAACAACUAGAAAUAUAUGUUUGAAUGCUGAAAUGGAUUUAGAUGUACAGAAUGCAACUCCAUCAACAAGCACAGAAGAAAAUUGUAACAGUGAUUUACAAUUAUCUGGAGAAAUAAUAAAUAAUAGUGCUGAAAUUGCUAAACCGAGUACAUCUGGCACAUGUGGUACGAAGACAUCCCAACAAGCAAUAUCUGACAAUUCUCCUCGAAAAACAAAAUUGAGGAUGAAAAAUCAAAAAUUGAAAGCGCAAAUUAAAACGAUGCGAGAAACUAUUAGACGCUUAUGAAAAGGUAAAAGACAGAACAAAAGGAAAACAGCAAAUACAGAAGAUGCGGAUGAAUUUGAGACUUUGCGUAAACUAGGAAGUAAGUUAUUACCUGUAAGGUUUGCCAAAAUAUUGUCGGCACAAAUUGACGCACAACUGAAACGUAAUCGUGGUCAAAGAUACGAUCCUGAAUUUAAAAAAUUCGCGUUAUCUUUAUAUUUUUUAAGCCCGCGAAAUUAUAGAGAAAUGAAGAAAACAAUAUCAUUACCUUCAAUACGUUCUUUACAGUUGUUAACUCAAACGUGGAAUAUUGCGCCUGGUUUAAAUGAUAAAAUUUUUAAUACUUUAACAUUAAAAUUAAAGUCAUUGCCUCCUAUGGACAGACACUGUAUUUUAUGCGUAGAUGAGAUGAGUUUAAAAUCUCAUUUAUUUUAUAAUUUAUCGCAAGAUGAAAUUAUCGAGUUUGAGGAUAAUGGGAAGCAAAAAUCGUCUAUUCCUGCAAAAAACGUUUUUGUUAUAAUGGCAUGUAGCAUUGCAGGCAAUUGGAAACUACCGUUAUGUUAUUGUUUUGUUGAAACUACAUGUCGGAUGAAUGAUUUAAAAGAUUUGAUAUUUAAAACAAUAAUUAAAUUAAGAAUUAGUGCAACAGUACAUGCAUUAGUAAGUGAUAUGGGAUCUAAUUUUAUCCAGUUAUCUCGUAAUCUAGGAAUUUCAAUAGAAAACUCAACCUUUUUAGUUGAAGAGGAAGAAGUACUUUAUAUUUUUGAUACUCCUCAUUUAAUAAAAGCAACACGCAAUAAUCUUUUAAAGCAUGAUUUUGAGUUUAAUAAUAAAAUAGCAUCAUGGUCUCACAUUGUUCAAUUUUAUGAAAGAGAUAGUAAACAAUGGAUAAAAUUGGCACCUAAAUUAUCAAAAUGCCAUAUUGAAUCCAAUGGUUUCCAAAGAAUGAAAGUAAAAUUUGCUGUCCAAGUAUUUAGCAAUCGUGUCGCUGCAGGCAUGUGUACGCAAAUGUCUUCCGGUUUACUUCCAAGUGAAGCAGUUGGAACCAUUGAUUUAAUAGAUCAUUUUGAUAAAUUAUUUGAUCUUUUAAAUUCUUCUUCUACAACUAGCCCUAAACAAUAUGGCAAAGCUUUUACCGGAAGCGAUAAACAACUUCAAUUUUUAGAAGAAAUGUUCUAUUUUUUGAAAUGUAUCAAAGUCCUAAAUAAUAAUGGUACUUAUGUAAAAGUGAACUGCUUUAUCUGCUGGCAGAUUACGAUUAAAAGUAUAAUAAAACUCUGGGAAAAAUUAAAAUGUUAUAACUUUUUAUACUUAAGAACACGUAGGAUUAAUCAAGAUUGUCUCGAAAAUUUUUUUGGUUUAAUAAGACAACAAGGUGGUAAUUCUUUAAAUCCAACACCUAUACAAUUUACAAGAGCUUUUAAAAAAUUAUUUAGUAUAACCUUUCUGAAACAUCCAGAUACGCAAAAUUGUGCUCCAGAUGAAGAUGAUAUGUUAAACCUAAUUGGAACACCAAGUUCUAUUUCAUCUACCGUUUCUGAAUUUGUUCCAUCUUCAUCACGUAUAAUUUUAGAUAUCCCAAAUCAUGAUUAUUAUACAAUGGAUCUGCCAGAAGAAAAUGCAUUUAUAUAUGUAUGUGGGUACUUAAUAAAAAGAUGUUUAGAGAUACAUUCAUGUGAUACAUGUAUAGCUUAUU